UCUGGCGAGGACUGCCCUCUGCAGCAGCAGGCAGGUCCUGCUGAUGCUGUCCAGGCGUUGCCCAAGGGGAAAGGUUGCCGCGCGGUCGCCAGGGGCGGGAGGAGUCUGGCGGUGAUUGAUGGGGAAGGGACGAAUGAAUAAAAGUACUUGUCUAGGGGACAGCAAGGAUUCCGAGCAAGCUGCGGGGGCUACACGGCCAGGCAUUCCCUCAGUGUGUCGUCAGAACGAGACCCGCCUGCAGCUCAAGGGAGGCGUGCUCGGCUCCCGGGCAGCCUGGAACCCAGCUACCAGAAGAGCGCGUCCUGCGAAGGAGGUCCCCGCCUGUCGCUCUGCGUCUGGGGUGUCCGGUCCUCGAGACUGAAAGCUGAGAAGCAGCCACCAACGUCCACCGGAGCAGGCAGCAACAUGCAGCCGCUGCGCAGCCUAUGCGGACGCGCCCUGGUGGCGCUGAUCUUUGCCUGUGGCGUGGCCGGGGUCCAGUCUGAGGAGAGGGGAUUCCCGCCGGCCGGGGCCACUCCACCAGCCCUGAGGACCGGAGAGAUAGUGGCGCCCCCUACUAAGACCUUCUGGCCCAGGGGGUCCAACGCCAGCCUGCCUCGGUCGUCCUCCCCCCCGCAGAUGCCUAAAGGAGGGAGGAUGGCGGGACCCCCAGCACGCACGCUCACCCCUCCUCCGUGCGAAGGACCCAUCGAGAUCAAGGACACUUUCAAGUACAUCAACACUGUGGUGUCCUGCCUAGUGUUCGUGCUGGGCAUCAUCGGAAACUCCACACUGCUGCGAAUCAUUUACAAGAACAAGUGCAUGCGAAACGGCCCUAACAUCUUGAUAGCCAGCCUGGCUCUGGGAGACCUGCUUCACAUCAUCAUUGAUAUCCCCAUCAACGUCUACAAGCUGCUCGCCGAGGACUGGCCCUUUGGAGUUGAGAUGUGUAAGCUGGUGCCUUUCAUACAGAAGGCCUCCGUGGGAAUCACUGUGCUGAGUCUAUGUGCUCUCAGUAUUGACAGAUAUCGAGCCGUUGCUUCUUGGAGUCGAAUUAAAGGAAUCGGGGUUCCAAAAUGGACAGCAGUGGAAAUUGUUUUAAUUUGGGUGGUCUCCGUGGUCCUGGCCGUCCCGGAAGCCUUGGGUUUUGACAUGAUUACCACUGACUAUAAAGGAAAUCGCCUGCGAAUCUGCUUGCUCCAUCCUACUCAGAAAACAGCCUUCAUGCAGUUUUACAAGACAGCUAAAGAUUGGUGGCUAUUCAGUUUCUAUUUCUGCUUGCCACUAGCCAUCACUGCAUUUUUUUAUACCCUGAUGACCUGUGAAAUGCUGAGAAAGAAGAGUGGCAUGCAAAUUGCUUUAAAUGAUCACUUAAAGCAGAGACGGGAAGUGGCCAAAACCGUAUUUUGCCUGGUCCUUGUCUUUGCCCUGUGUUGGCUUCCCCUUCAUCUCAGCAGGAUUUUGAAGCUCACUCUGUAUGAUCAAAAUGAUUCGAAUAGAUGUGAACUUUUGAGCUUUUUGUUGGUAUUGGAUUACAUUGGCAUCAACAUGGCGUCCCUGAAUUCCUGUAUUAAUCCAAUAGCUCUGUAUUUGGUGAGCAAAAGAUUCAAAAACUGCUUUAAGUCAUGCUUAUGCUGCUGGUGCCAGUCAUUUGAAGAAAAACAGUCCUUGGAGGAAAAGCAGUCAUGCUUAAAGUUCAAAGCUAAUGAUCACGGAUAUGACAACUUCCGUUCCAGUAAUAAAUACAGCUCAUCUUGAAAGGAGGAAUAUUCAUUUUCUUUCUUUUGGACAGAAAUCAUUAAAACAAGGAGACAUUUGUCAAAACAACACAAAACAACUGUGUGUUUGCACAAAACAAUGUAAAAAUGUAAGCGUGAAUAUUUUCUUAACGCUCGGAGUUACGCAUGUGACAAGUUACGAGCUGUUUACUGCAUAAGCAGAAAAGCAGUGAGAAUUAAGAAAGCCUCAUUGUGAAAGCACUUAAUCCUUUACAGUCAGCACUUCAGUGUAGCUUUCAGAACUUCCAGUAUAUUCAGAACCACUUACAUUUAAACUGAGCUCACUCGGAAUUCCUAUGAAAGAUUUUUUUUAAUUAAGGUGAAUCAGAUAUGAUAUAGAGGAAAAAUGGGUCACUGAGAAAUACAUUUUAAAAUGAAAUUUAAAUCACUCAAUUUAAAAUUUUUAAAAAUCUUUUCUUUCUUUCUUUCUUUUUUUUUUUUUUUUUUUUUGGUGUGUGGUAGUGCCAAAGUUCCCCAGCCAGGGACUGAACCGAACCACAGCAAUAACCCAAGCCACGGCCCUGACACUGCUGGGUCCUUAAGCACUAGGCUACCAGGGAACUCCUAAAAAUCUUUCAAAAGAACUUUUUUAUUAACAUGGUCUCAACAUUGGUUAGACUCUAAUUGGAGGCAGCCUGUGAGAGCAGUUUAGCUGGUGUAUUUUUUGACAUUAGAGACAUAUUUAGAUGAUUGGGAGGGAGUAUCCGAGAGAUGGAGGUUUUUGAAAAUCAUUAAACUUUACAUUCAGAUAAGAUCAAAUGUCACAAAGGGGCAGAGAGAGGUUUGGAAUGCCAGCCCGAAAGACUGCUUUGAAAUCACCAGCUCAUAUACUCUGCAAAGAAAAUAAGAAAAUACAACCUACAGUUUUUGGAUGAUUAUUCAAACAUUCUUCUUUUCACACUUGUAGUUUAAAUGCUGUUUGUUUAGUUUUGUCAUCUGUAAAUACGAGUAGAUGAUUAAACGCAGGGCAGGCCCCCGUGUUCAUACCUUUACCGUGAAGUGAUGCCAGUAACCCCAUCAUGGACGGAAUGUGAGUUGCCUGGAGCAGUGUCCACACGGCAAAGGCGAAGGCAGCAUCUUCUCUUACUACUGCUGCAAGUAGAAGGGUCUCUGGCGUAUGUACAAUAUCAUAGUUAAAAUACUGACUAUUGUUAAGACCGCAGAAUUUAGAGACAAGGUAACAGUUACCUGUAAAGCUUAUUACUAAUUUUUAUAUUAUUUUAUAAAUAACUAAUAGAAAAGAGUUCUGGAAGUGGUGCUUUCCUGUCACAGGCAAAACUGCUUUUUUUUUUUUUCCUGUCUUUUUUUACGGCUGCACCUGUGGCAUUUGGAGGUUCCCAGGCUAAGGGUACAGUCAGAGUGUAGCCUUGGCCUGUGCCACAGCCACAGCAAUGCAAGAUUGAGCCGCAUCAGUGACUUACAGCCACAACUCACUGCCACGCUGGAUCCUUAACCCAUUGAGCGAGGCCAGGGAUCGAACCUGCAUCCUCAUGGAUGCCAGUCAGAUUCAUUUCCACUGAGCUACAACGAGAACUCCCAAAACUGCUUUUUGAGACUCUCAAGGACCUCUAACUUUGCGCCUUCUUGCCUCCUUUCAUCUCCCCGGCAAAGUGCCUUGGGUUAAUGUGGAUGAGAUGUGUGUGAAAGUAUGUAUGAGAGAAAACGGAAGGCAGAGGAAAUGAGACGGGGUUGAGGAAACCCACGGGACAGAUUCCCAUUCUCAGCCUGAUGUUCGUCAUUGCCCGUCACUUCAAUGCAAAAGGUCCUGAUUCUGUUCCAGCAAAACACAGCGCAAUGUUCUCAGAGUGACUUCAGGAACAAAUUGGGCCCAAGAGCUUUGACUCUGUCCUAAAAUAUAACAGAAUUUCUACUGUGUUUUUUUUUUUUUUUUUUUUUUUUUUAACCCAGGGCCUCAUGUUGGGAAUAAGCUGGCAGUGUUGUUUUCCGCCAGCAUCUCAUGUGAUGACACAGUUCAACCAAACCCCACCUAAUGGGGCCUAACAGGAAGAAUGAUAAUUACUUCACAUGCCACGUGGAAUCUAUUUACAAAUUGCUCCGUCUUGUUUAUUAAUUUCUUCCCAACCACUUUUUCCAAGCUUGUCAUCAGGAAAGACAUUUCCAACUUCGGAUUGUCAGUGAACCUUGGGUCACUUAUAUUUUCAGGUUGUUAAUAUGUUUUUUAUUCCUAUUUAAAGUGUAGCUCGAUUUAUUACCACGAAUUUUUUUUUCUUCCUCCUCAUUUGCACCAUUACACUCUUUCCUUUUCUGGGUCAGAGUCUUGGUCUAUAAUCAUCUUGCCAAAUCUUGAACUGCACAGAAAGAGUAUACACAUGCACUGUUGAUAAUGCAGUGGUGUUCAGUAGCUUUUCUAAAAAUGUUUGAUUCGAAAUGUUAACAUACUGACAAAGAUUGGUAAGGAACAGACAUGGUUUCUUAGCGUAAAUAAAAAUCAGUAUAGGAAAAGGUGCUACUGUUUAACUUUAAAACAUAUUUUCUAGUAUUAAGGAUUGUAUAAUAUGACAAUGGACAAAAAUAGUGUUGACGUGGACGUUAAAAGAUUUAUAAGUGAUUUUAGACUAUGUUCUCCUUUGUAUUUGCUAAUGUGGGCGCAAGUUAGUAUUGAGAACUUAUGACAGAUGGCCAAAGGAAUAUAGUUUAGAACAAAACAUGGGUAUGCUGCAACUAACUAUAAAAUUGUAAUAUAACCAUGUAAAAUAAUUAUCUAUGUUGUUUUCCUGUGGUCACUUAAAGUGGCAGCUACGGUAGUUGCUAAUUCCUUAUUAUGCAAACAAAAUCAAUAAAAAUUUGUUUAAAAAAAGA